AUGCCAUCGACUUCGCAAAUAUUGACAAUCGGCACGGUUGCAGUCGUCUUGGGAAUAGCAAGUUAUGCUAUUUAUUUCGACUAUGCGAGGAGAAACGACCCCCAGUUUCGAAAGAAACUCCGAAAAGAAAAGAAGCGUGUAGAUCGCUCUGCUGCGUCUACAAAAGCUUCAACUACCGCCUCGUCUGCGUCUGGAGGUCCCCUGCCGUCCGAUGCAGAAAUCGAAGAGGCUCUCCAGCUCGUGCGCAACGAAACACUUCCUGUAACUGCGUCAGAAAAGGAGCAAUACUUCAUGUCCAACCUUGCCGUCGGCGAGCAACUCGCGCGUGCUGGUCUCGUCCUCCCAGCGGCACUGUCCUUCUUCCGUGCCAUUCGCGUCUACCCUGAGCCCUUGCAGCUCGUCAUGAUUUUGGAAAAGACGUUACCAGAAGAUAUGUUCCGUGUCGUGAUGGAUCUCAUGAGUCGCGAUGUGAGUGAUUCUGCUUCACCUGGUGCGGAUGCAUCGUCGUCUUCGUCAAAGAAGCGGCCAAAGAAGAGCAGCAGCCGUCGUACGGGCACCUCGUCCAGAGGACCUCCAUCCGAGACAUCCUCUCAAGAAUGGGACAACGUCACCGAACCAGACGCUUCCAUCGCAUCCCUCUCCAGCUCGACCUCUUAG